AUGACCCUGCUCCAUCGUCCUGUAGCCCAACUUGGUUCUCCAGCGCACGUGGAAUGCUGGAAGGGGGGCUGCAACUGCUUGGAAGGAUCUGGCAGGACGCACCUGCUGAAGCAAUCCAGCGAUCUAGCGGGAACCAGCAAAGUGCGAACCCCGCCCCAGACUCCUCCAGGCUCGCCGUUCCAGAUCCGGGGCGCUUCAGUCCUCACCAACCUGCCAUCGCCGCAGCAGAACGACCUGAACGCCAUUGACUGCGACUUCCUGGAUGACGAUCCGUGGCCGGGCAUCUCGGAGAACUCGGAAGGGAGAUAUGUCCUGAACAACGAGUCGCCUUCUGGUGGUCUGGAGGACAUGUUUCGUCACCCUGUCCUGCCAGUGAGGCAGAUGGAGGCGACCGCAGAAGUGCAGACCCACAGGAGCAACGGUUUCUACGAGCGAGCGCUCAUCCCUCUCAUGCGACGGUCUCACUCGCCGACGCUCGGUCUGCUUACGCCUCAGCCACAAAAUGGAACCACGGACAAUGGACCUGACCUUCAGUCGUGCUUCUCUGCCUGGAACACUCGGCCUGGUUUCCACCUCAGCAGCGCGCGGCCCUCUGUGGUCCCGUCCAACGGAGACGCGCGCGCCUCGAGCAAUCCCUCCAACAUAACACUCUCGCUGUCUCGCCGCUCCCCAGACCCGAUCAGACAAGCGCAGUUUGAGGCAGAGUCUUCCGACCCUUCUGCGUCGGAGUCAGACACGCCAAGGAUUGGGGCACGCUUCAAGGCCCCCUCCGAGACUGGCGGCUCAAACCCCGGCCUAAACCUCGUGGGCCGCCUGCGCCCCGGCUUCGACGGCCUCCCGGCGCGCCCCAGGAAGCUGCGAAUGAUGCGCUCGGCGCUCGGCGCGCAUUCGCCCCCGCGGCCGCGCGCGCGCGAGGAAGGAGAAGACGACGGCGACCGCGGCCUCGACAACUCCAGCGGAGGCGAAGACGGCUCGGAUCCGGAGGGAGACGCGAGCGGCGAGGAGAGGGGCGGGGAUGCUGACGUCAGCGACGGCGUCGAUGACAUGGCUGCUGACGUGGACGAAGAGGACUCGGAGUACGACCCGGAGGAAGGGAGCGAGUCGGAGUCGGAGUACGAUCCCGACGAGGACGAAGAGGAGCGGCCGACCAAGAAGCCGCGCAGCGCGCGUGGGCCCUCGCUCGCGCGCAGUAGCAGCUCGCAGUCGCUGGCGGGAAGCGAGGGGAGCGGGGGCGUGUUUCCUCCGAGGAAGAAGGGCCGCUUCACCGAGGAGAUGGACCGGGUGUUCCUGCAGCGCCUGGGGGAGCUGUUCCGCCAGAAGGUCAUGCUCAAGGACUCGUUCCGGUACUUUCCGGGCAGGACCCCGCGCCAGUUAAGACGCCAUUGGAUGCGGGUGAAGCACAAGUACGGAAUUGGCAGCAUCAAGAACGUCGAGAACGUUCUGGCGAGGCUGGGUCCCCUGAAAAAAGAAAAGGACCCCCUCUCGUUGAGGCAGCUGUCGAGCUACUUCAAGCUGCCAAUGGAGGAAGCCUGCGCCAGGUUCAACGAAAGGCGCGGUCAGCAGCUGACGUUCCAGAAGUUCCGCCAGCUGUUCCAGAAGCAUGGCAUCAGCAGGUGGCCGUAUCGCCAGGUGAUGGCCGGCAAGCCCAUCUCCGAGGUCAUCACCGAGGCGAAAGCCGCGGUCCAGGAGACACAGGCGCGCCACGCGGCCGCGGAACAGGUCCCGGAGUUUCUCCCCGAGGGGGGUGCGGAGCUGGCACUUCCGGGCCCCCCCGCCAACCGCGCAGCGACUUCCGCUCGGCAGAAGGCCCCCCUUCCCGGCGUCACCGGGCACGCGAAACCCGGGGGAAGGCCCCGGUUGGUUGGCCCGCCCAGUAAGGGCGCCGCGAUUGGCGGGAAUGGCCAUGCUAAGGUGAAGAGCGGCAAGCACGCGGCCGGCAGGCGGUUCCCUUUGGCGCACAAGCCGGCCGCGGCAGAGAUGCCAGCCUUGGAGGAGCAGCCGCCUAAGAACGCGCCCGCUGGCCGCGGUCGCACCCAUAAGGGUCUGAUGGAGGGCUCCGUUUUUGAUCCAAAGAAGCGCAGCCGGUCUCGGAAAUGA